AUGAUGGCCGCAGCGUUGCCGAGGCAUACAUAUCCUCCUAUGCAAUACCAUGCAACCCAGUCAACCUCACCGGCAUCAGUCCCAUCACCAGCCCAGCAUGAUCACCAUCAGCACCGGAACAUCUACGGCCAGCCGCCGUCGCAGUCGCUGCAGCAAACGAUGUACUAUCCCACACAGCAACCGCAGUACCAAUCGAUUGCGAGUCAGCCACCAGCACCCGCAUACGCCCAACAUGCGCACCAGACUCAUCAAGCCAUGACGACGCAACCGACGAUGAUGAUGGCGCAAACUGCAUCGCACAACCCCCUCGCACCUCAUCAUAGCCAGCAUCAGCACCAGCACCAACCUCACCACACACAGCAACCGAUGUCCAAUAGUCCCCGCAUAAAGAUGUCCCCACAGCCAUCGGUACAGCUUCAGAAGCCCCAACAAACGCAACCACUUACACAAGCUCACUCCACACAAAAUGGCAGUGGCCCUCUAACUACACCGACAAGCACAACCUCAGGCGGUGUUAACGCGAAUGCUGCGCCCGGCCCAAUCCCAGCCACGACUCCGUUGGUAGUACGACAGGAUCAGAAUGGUGUGCAAUGGAUCGCCUUUGAGUAUUCUCGCGACAGGGUGAAGAUGCAAUACACGAUUCGUUGCGAUGUUGAGUCGGUUAAUACGGAUGACCUCCCCCACGAGUUCAAGACUGAGAAUUGUGUCUACCCCCGAGCGUGUUGUCCCAAAGACCAGUAUCGUGGCAACCGUCAGGUCUAUGAGACGGAAUGCAAUACAGUCGGCUGGGCUCUCGCGCAGCUAAACCCAUCCCUCCGAGGCAAGCGCGGGUUGAUUCAGCGUGCCGUUGACAGUUGGAGGAACAGUAACCAGGACCCCAGGUUGCGAAGCCGAAGGGUUCGCAGGAUGGCGAAGAUGAACAACCGAAAGGCGAUGCAGAACGCGGGCCAGAGCCCUCAUCUGGCUGGUCAUGGCGGGCCAACCGGUAUUCCUGGUGCACCGACGCACAUGGGCCCUGGCCCUGCUAUGACGAAGCCCUCGCUCAGUAGCUUAACGCAAGCUAUGCACCACCACCCCGGUCACCCGCAAGACCAUGGGCAAGGCACCGGAGACGAAGUUGGAUCAAACUACGAACACCAUCACCAUCAGGCGCCGAAUAGUGACGAUGUAAGACCAGCCCAGGUGUUCACUGGAUACAAUACGAACCAGUCGUAUCCCGGGGCCUUGGGCCAUAUGUCCGCGAUUGCCACGGCCCGGAGACGGUCUCGGAGUGAGAAUGACGAGCCCUCCGACCUCUUCCCCGACAUGCCGGAAGCAAAGAAGCGCAAGUUUAUCCUCGUGGAGGACAACGUGCGUGGGUCGAGGCUCCGCAUCCGUGUCACGCUGGAGGGUGUCAACACGAAGGAAAUCCCCGAUAGCUUCCGAAAGGAUUCCAGUGUUUUCCCGCGCAGCUUCUUCCCCCGCGAGAUGCAGAGCCCCCCACCUAGCGCCACUGGCAGCUCUUUCUUCGAGGACGACCUUGACGCAGAUGAUGGCAACCAGGAAACCGAGGGUCGGGAAAUAUCAAGGAGGAGGGGUAGGGGCCGAGAGACGGUAAUGGUCAGGGUCCCUGUGGGCGAUAGCCGAGAGGGAGACCUGAGCGUGCCUAGGAUGAGGAAGAACAUUAGGGGCAAGGAAGUGAGGUUGAAUGAGCUCGGAUACCGGAUGGCCUGGUUGCAGAGCCGUGUGUUUGCGGGACGGACGCUGUUUCUUCAGCGAGCAUUGGAUUGCUACCGUAACAAGACUCGGUCGGCGAUUGAGUCAAUCAUGCAAGACGUGAAGAAUGUGGCGCCGCACUACGAGACUAGGGUUGGAAAGCGGAGGUGGAACGAGAGGAUGAGAAGCCAGGAGCGACGCGACCGCGACUGA